AUCAACUCUUUAAUUAUUCCUCAUUCAUUAUUCUCUUUUUCCUUUUUCUUUUUGAGGAAACACCACAAGAAAAUGGCUUCCUCAACAGUAGUAAAUUGCAGAAAAAGAGUAUUAAUAAAUUAUUAUAUGAUCACAAUUUUAAUGAUUAAUAUUUUAUUCAUUUCUAUAAGAGCUGAACAGCUUGUACCAGCUUUGUUUGUGUUUGGAGAUUCAUUAGUUGAUGUUGGUAACAACAAUCAUCUCCCUCUUUCCAUUGCCAAGGCUGAUUUUCCCCAUAAUGGCAUUGAUUUUCCCACCCACAAACCUACUGGAAGGUUUAGCAAUGGCAAGAAUGCUGCUGAUUUUCUUGCUGAGAAGAUGGGAGUGCAGUCAUCACCGCCAUACCUUUCAUUGACGCGCAUUAAAAGUAGCAACUUUUCAAGUGGUGUUAGCUUUGCAUCUGGAGGUGCUGGAAUCUUUGAUGGCACUGAUCAACUUUUCAAACAGUCAUUGACGUUAAACAACCAAAUAACGUACUUCGGGACAGUACAAGCGACAAUGAUGCAACAACUGGGACAAAUGGAAGCACAGAUACUGUUAUCAAAAUCUGUGUUAGCGAUUGUGAUAGGAAGCAAUGAUAUAUUUGGGUAUUUUGGAUCGUCUUCUUCUUCCAGCCAAAUGAAGAAAGGUACUCCACAGCAAUAUGUCGAUUCCAUGCUCCUCGCUUUCAGAGGUCAAUUGAAGAGAUUAUAUGAUUUGGGGGCUCGAAAAUUCGCAAUAUUCGGGGUGGCAGCGGUAGGGUGUUGCCCAGCACAGAGAGAAAGGAACAAAACUGAAGCUUGCAAUGAAGCAGCCAAUUCAGGGGCUUUGAAUUACAACAAAGGACUUAUAUCACUUCUUCAGGAAUACCAAACACAACUUAAAGAUUUCCAAUAUAGCUACUUUGACACUUACAGCUUCUUCCUUAGUCUCAUUCAACAUCCUGCUACUUACGGAUUCAAGGAAGAGAAAGCAGCAUGUUGUGGAUUGGGGAAUCUGAAUGCAAAAAUAGCAUGCAUACCCAUAUCUACUUAUUGUUCCAACAGAAAUGAUCAUAUUUUCUGGGAUUUUUACCAUCCAACAGAAGCAGCUGCUCGCAUGAUAAUCGAUACAGCUUUCAGCGGACCUCGGAAUUACGCUUUUCCGGUGAAUAUCGAGCAGCUUGUUUCACUUUAAGCACCGGUGGCCUUGCAAGAGAUGAUUCAUGAUAUACAACGGAGUACACACUCAAGUAGCUAGUAUACACUAAUAUAUACAAAAAUUUAUGUGUAUUCUUUUUUGUAAUACAUAUAAAAGUUAAAUUAGUUGAAAAACUAUAUAUCAAUAUUAACAAUAUUAAUUUAAAAUUUAUGAGGGCCGAACCAGCUAGAAAUUAAACAAGUCACAAGAAUAGACUACAAACGUGUAGGAAAUAAUAAUACUUGAUUUCUUAUUGAACAAUCACUUGGUGUAUAUGAACAAAUUAAUCCUAUUACACCCCAGAAUCAAAGGUUUAAUCUCAAGAACAAGUAUCACGCAAACACUCAAAACAGAAUUGUAUAUGUGCAGCCCAAGAACCCCAAAGAUGAGCAAAUAAGAACACAAACAAAAUAUCGCCAAGAUUUAAGUGGUUCACCCCUAAUUGGACUACGUCCACUAUCUUAACCUGGAUGUCUUAUUGCUUCUUUUAACGGUUCUCCAAUGGAAAUAUACACUUGAUGAUGAUUACAAUUGAGGAAGAAGAGAAUAGAGAAUAGAGAGAGAAUUAUGUAGAGAGAGAAUGAGGUUAAGAAAGCAAUCAUCCUAAUCUAUGUGUUUAUCCUAUUUAUAAUGCAUAGGGACUAAACACUUACAUAAAAUCCUAAGACAAAACAAGAACCGAAACAGAACAACAUAGA